AUGUUUGCGUUCGACCUCCCAGCAGCAUACUACUCCUCUCGAUUCUCUGCUUUUGUCAUCUAUCCGUACAAGGAUUCACUUGGCCACAGAGCACCCCUGACAUCGCUGAACGCUAACGGUGAUCCCGGCCCAUCCAUACAAAGACUGAAGACAAUGAACGGCAAGAAGCAUACAUCCCACCGCUCCCUGGACCUGACGACUUACGCGGGUGUCGGCUUUGGCUCCACGGUCCCGCCGGUAAGCCGUUCGCGCCGCAAUUCAACCAACCACAGCACAAGCUUCAAUUAUGGCAACGCUGGGGAAGGAAACUGUACCUACUCAAGUCCUGCUCCUGAUUAUUUGAACAAUUAUGCACCGAGCGCGCCGCGUGCCGCAAGAUGGCCUAUCGAGACUCUAGCCGGGUCGGUUUCGUAUACUUCUCCUCCGCCGGCCUACUCUCGGCGACCGCAAAUCUAUGCUGCUCCUGUGCCUAGAAGUCCUGCCAUGCCCGUCCCUACGGUAACGUCGCAAGCCUCACAAGCGUCUCCGAUCGGUCCCUUCGCGUUGCUGUACGUAACUUCGCUUGGUAGGUACGGCAAGAUAUGGGCAGCACAAGACUGCCAUCGCGGCCAGGUCUUCAGUAUAAGGAUUAUCAAGAAGAGCAAGCUGCGGGAUGAUCCUAAAGCAUGCGAGUCACAAGAUGAUCCUAAAGCCCGCAAGACGCAAGAUGAUCCUAAAGCCCGCAAGCCGCAAGAUGAUCAUAAAGCCUACAAGCCGCACGAUGAUCAUAAAGCCCGCAAGCCGCAAGAUGAUCUCAAAACCUGCACGCCGCAAGAUUACCCUAGUGCCCGCGAGCAGGUGGCCACCGAAAUGCGUUGCUACCAGCGCAUUGCCGCGGACCUACCCCUCGUAGAUGCGGAUGGCACCAAUUUUAAAGCAGACAAGAAGUUUCUCAUGGAGCUCUUCGCUGUUUUGCAGGAUAAAUACACCAUCGGCUUCGUGAUGCCUGCCGUGGAGUACAGUCUCCUGGAAGCCAUCAAGACCCGUCCCACCGAGCGCAACACCCUUCGUUGGAUCGCGCAAGUGAUGAUGGGAGUGAGAGUCCUACACAGCUUGGGGAUAAUUCACCGCGACAUCAAGCCCGAAAACAUCUUCCUUGACACACAGCACAAUUUUGCGCGCAUCGGCGAAUUCAGCCGAGCGUUGCUGCGCCCGGCGCCACUCACUAACAAAGAUGGUUGCUCGAGUGAGUGUGUCGGCACCAGACAGUACACCGCCCCGGAGAUUAUUGGCGGGGCUGAGUACGGCAGGAUGGUUGACUGGUGGUCUGUCGGGUGCCUGUUGUUCGAGAUGAUCACGGGGCAGGUGCUCUUUCAAGAGGAGAAAUGGUACAAGGAGUAUAUCAAUCUCGCGAGCACGGAGUGCCGUGAAGAAUACCUGCGGAUGCGUCUCGAUAUGUCUCGCGCGCGUUACGACGAGAAGGCCGAACAAAAGAAAGCGCUGCAUGUCUUGGUCGGAUUUCUGGACAUAGAUCCGCAAACGCGUCUCGAAUACAACACCGUUCUAGAGUUGGAUUUCUUCCUUCUGGGUUCCACCGUCACCCCCGGCUUCCCCAGCUUCCAGGGUCCUCAAACCCCGCCGCCGUUCGCGGCGGUGCAUCCAGGCCGGGCCAUCCAGGGAGGCGCGCCCAAGCGCGCGGUUGCAAAGUGGCCGGGGAGUUCAAAGACCGCGAGAGGCGACGGGGACAAGUUCUCUUCCUUUUCUACAUAUCUGGAUCUUGCGCCGACCCAAUAUAUUGGGGGUAUAUAUUACAUUGCGAGUAUUGGGCGAGGAAGACGGUGGGAUAUCACGAUGGGAGAUCGACUCGGCGGUUUUGCAACGCGUUCGUGCGACGGUAUCGGACAUCAUGAGAAGCGAUAUUGA